AUGUUUGUGGUUCUGGCCAUAGUUUGCAGCUCGUGGUCUUCAAUCAAUAAAGGAACUUCGGAAAGGGAUGACUUAAUCCCACUCGGUGCAACAUACAAACCAUCUGUGAGAUCUGCAAACAAAAUGGUCUGCAGGUGUGUCUUACUUAUGUGCUUGGUGGUUUCUAUGGACUCAGUCUUCUUGGUUGAGAACCCUGCCAAGUCAUCGAUCCUUAAUCACCCCCGAAUGCAGUGGUUGUUCAAGCAACUCCGUGCUUUGGACAUCAAAGUAUGGCGAGCGAAAUUUUGGAUGGCCGCCUUCAAAGCUCCGACGCCAAAACCAACCAUGUGCAUUAGCAACAGUGAAACCAUCCGUGCCUUGCAAACGGGAACCCUGGGCCUCAAGAAUCUUGCAAAGGAUGAAACAAAGAAAACGGUUGUGAAAUACCAAGAUGGAUCUGGCAAGUGGCGGUACCAGGGUUCCAAAGCAUUGAAAGAAACACAGAUCUAUACACCAAAAUUUGCUUCGACUUUGGUGGGUCUGACAGCGGAGAUGAAAACCGAGAUUCGGCCAAGUAUUCCACCCGCCAAACCUGACGUACAUCUCAUCGCUGUGGUGGCCGAGCUUGUGUGGUCAAGCUGGGAUGAGGGUGAACUUGAGGAUGCGCUCCUUUACAUGAUGGGGUCAUCCCGUUGUAGGAUCCCGGCCGAGUGGGCGCAACAUGUUCCCACCGCAGAGCAUUUGAGAUCUUUAUAG